AUGCCAGGAAUCACGGUUUCGCCGAUCAAUCCGUCUCGACCCGAAUUCGGGGCAUUCGUCGACCAUGUGGACCUGGACAAUCUCUCAGAUGCAGGCUUCGAGGCCCUCCGCAACGCCCUCUACACCUACAAUGUCAUCUGCAUCAAGUCUCAGUCGAACCUCUCACCCAAGGGCCAGGCAGAACUGACCCGACGCUUCGAUCCUGAGGCAAUGUCAUACGGCCACGGCAAGACCAUUGACGCCAAGCGUUCUAUCCUCCAUCCCGACCUCAAAACCGUGCCCCAUCAGCCCGAGGUCCAGAUCAUUGGAAACGGUUUUGUCUCCGAGUACGAGGGCCUCAAGAACUUCACCUUAAAGCAUCCGCAUCAUCGAACAUUCCACAAGACCGUCAUUCCUGAUGACCAAGACCUGGAUUUUACCCGCUUCUACCGCUGGCACAUCGAUGCCGCAAUGUAUGGGGGCCUUCAGCCGCCGCUGGUGACAUCGCUGCUUGCUGUCAAGGUCCCCACCGGACGGACCCAAACCGUUCUCUACGACGACGGCAGCAAUGACACCCUUCGUGUCCCUCUAGGCACCACCGCCUUUGUAUCCGGAUACACAAUGUUUGAGAAUCUGAGUGCCGAGCAAAAGGAAUUCGUGCUCACCACCCAAGUCGAAUAUGCACCUCAUCCAUAUGUCUGGAUCUCGACGGCCAAAUCACGCCCGGACGGGCUGGGCAUGAUGUCUGAAGGCAAGGAAGUGCCCGUCGAUGAACUUCCGCCUAUCGAAAAUGCCACCGACGUCCAAAUCCAGCCCAUGGCCUGGAAAAACCCCGUCACCGGCAGGUUCGCCUUGCAAAUCCACCCGUCCGUCGUUCGCAAGAUCCACCUUCGCGACGGCAGCGUCAUUGGCGACUUGGCCAAGGUAAGAGAGAUCGUGCACGACUUGCAGCGCCCUGGCAUCGCGCCAGAGCUCGUCUAUGCGCACGACUGGCAGGAAGGAGACCUUGUGCUGUUCAACAAUCACGGCGUUUUGCACAGUGUUGUGGGCGCCUUCGACAAGGAUGAGGUUCGAUUGUUUCGUCAAUGCAACUUGGCCGCGAGUCGGCCGCCUGUUGGGCCGGAAGUCCGAGGUUAG